AUGAAGUCUUCCAGGUUGAAACAAAAUCCAGUUUUGAUACAAUUGUACGUUAUUUCUGUAUAGCGAUUUUAUCAAUAUCCACGCCUGUGGACGGACACCCGGGAGUAAAGGGUUAACGAACUUUUCACGAACAUAAUUCUAAGUGCUGAAGUACGCGUCCCCUAUGUUAUAUUGUAGGAAACCAUAUAUGAUCUGCUUAAAUUAUAAGAGAGAUCAAGAGAAAAAAUAAGUUGUGUGUUGAAAUCUAAAUAGUGUUAUUCAUUAAGCAAAAAAAGCGUGGAUACUGUUGAUUUAAACAACUUGGAAUUUUUUUUAUUUCUAAAAGUUGUAUUCAGUGAUCAAAGAUUAAAUUUAAAAUUUAAAAAUUGUCGUCUUUUAUUUAGUGGAAUGAUUUGGUAUCGUUAUUUCGUUCAAAUAUUGAAUUACGUAAAUUUCGUCGAAAUUAUUUUAAAGGAUCAUAUGAAAAUUGUUUUUCAUCAGCAGAUGCUAUUAAUUGUAUGAUCAGCAUAUUACAGAAACAUCCCAAUUUUAUAAAUAAAAAAAUUGAACGAGAACAUGCCAUUAAAUUAUUAGAUAAGUUUUAUCAAUCAAAAGUUUUUAGUGAUGUGAAUAAAGCUGACCGUCGAUCAUUUGUAGAAGAUAAUGGAAUAUAUCAGCUGCUACCAUCCAGUGAUGGAAAUAUAUUUCAUACAAGGAGUUCUCCUAAGAAAGCUAGACCAAUAUCAUCUUCACCAUCAUUUUCAUCGACAGACACCGGACUCUCAUCUUCACGUUUAUCAAUGGAUUCAGCGACAAUUAUUGGUCUGAUGUGGAAAGAAAUGUUCAUCGAACGAAUCGAAAAAUAUUUAUUAUUAAAACGAAAUAGAAAUGGAGGAUACGUGUUGAAUAAAUUUGAACAAGAAAUGAAACGAACUGAUUAUACUCAAGUAUUAUUGAAUUUACAAACUCCAAUGCCCGUUAAUGUUCUGAGCAUUGCUGAAAAAUAUGUGGACUGGUUGCCUGAAUCAAUGUCAGUUGUUGCUGACUUUCCAACUAGUAUUAUUACUCGGAAUUUGCCUGAUUAUCCAUCAUUUAUUGUCGAUGUUUUAAAUUUAAUUAUAAAUGUUUUUGACACACAAGCAUCGUUACUCAGUACAAAUACGUUAUUUAUUUCUCUCAUUGAUUUGAUUAGUAACAGAGGUGAGAAAAAUAAUUUUGAUUAUCAAGAUAAUUAUAUUAAUUUCUAUUGUUUUUUAGAUGUAUCACCCAAUAGUCCGUUGAUCGAAGGAACAUCAAGUUGCUUUUCAAGUGAUUCAUUGCAAUUUUCUUCAUCUAAAUCAAAAACACAAGUUCAACGAAUUCAUUGUUACAAUGGCGAAGAACCUCGAGACAACAAAUUCAGAAGAUCAAGACAUGUUGAUUUAGUUAAUGCUCAUUCGAUGCAGCGUCGAAAAUCCUUGAGUGCAUGUGAGCUAUUUCAAUCAACAAGAACAACUGGUGAAGAAUUACAAUCAUGGUUAGAAGAUAACAAAAAACAAAUUAAUUACAAUCUGGUCGCUCAGGGUGAGUAG